CUAAAAUAAUGAGAAGUCUUCUCAUUUUGCUUUCAUUGGUCUGCUGCAUGAGUGCUGGAGGAAGUACUACCUCAGUUCUUCAGGCAAGAAUAUGCCUACUGAGCUCCAAUAUUGUUGAACCGUAACCUUUGAACAUGUUUGGAACGCCUGGGAAAAUGUCGUCGCAGCAGAAGACGCCGAAAGGCAAAGGUGGCAACACUCUGCUCAAUUAUUUUUCAAAGACGCAGGGCAGUUCGCAGAAAGCGAACAGCAGCAGUAGCUCACAGAGUGGCCCGACGAGUAUUGGAAAGACAAAUAGCAAUGGCAAGCCGUCUCCUAACCCAACAGUGGUUCUAACACCGACACGACAACCAGCGGCUCCACGAGCUGACAAAGGAACGCCCAGCAGAACUCAGUUUACUGAGGGCCACCUGGUUAUGGCACAGGUGCUGGGUCAUCCCUUCUGGCCGGCUGUGGUAGUGGUUGCGGCCAGGAAGUCUUCCCGAAAGCAGCAGAAAGUCCUGUUUCUUGGCGAGCACUCACACGCGUGGGUACCCUCGGUGAAAAUCCGUGCAUUCAAUUCGAAUGGCGCCAGGGGUGGUCUGGCCACACCUGCUGCUCAGGAUGAGGGCCUGGAAGAGGCGAUGGAGGAAGCGGCAAGGCUUUCCAAGCUAAGCGUGGAGCAGCGCUUUGCCUCAUUCCCCAAAGCUGUUCUUAGCCGUGCCCAGGUCGAGGAGGAAGAAGAUGAAGAAGAACCUAUGGAUGUUACCGAGGUGUCAGAUGAUGACAAAGAAAAUGCGCGAAACAGUACAAGUGCAUCCGCGGUGCGCAGCAAGGGUAUGGAUGAGAGCAGUGACGAGGAAAUGCCUGCUUUUCGGCGGUCUUCAUCACGUCCAUCGCGUAGAGCAUCCAGCCAGGGCGCUGCCAAGCGACGCAAGACGGUGAUCGCGUCGGACUCAGACGACUCUGAUGGGUACGUCCCAGACAAAAAAGAAGACAGCGACGACGAUGAUGAAGAAUUGAGUUGUGCUGAGGAGGAUGACACCUUGGAUGGUAUUGAUCCCGAUGACCUCUUCGAUGAAGAUGAUGAGCCAACGCCCUCCCGGAAGCGCAAACAUCCAUCAACAGGUGCCGGGAGUCGUUCCAAGUCAACCAGCAAAGCGGCUACAGCAGGAAAGACGCCUGUGACACCGCGCAGAGCCUGUUCUCUUUCUCAGGGGUUGACAACUCCAAGCUCCUCCACGCAGUUGAAGAGCCCAUCAUCAAGCUCGUCAAUGAAUGCAUUCUCUGCUAUGGCGGCUGCAUCCUCACUUUCAAAGUUCCAGAGUCCUGCCGUGGUGUCGUCUCCCGCGCCGACCUCUGCUGCUGAUUCCACAGAGCUGGGUACUGUGUACAUGCACGAGACACUGGACUGGAUCAAGGACGAGAAAGUCAAAGAUGCCAAAGGACACUUGAAGUCUCAUCCGGAUUACGACCCUCGCACUCUCUAUGUCCCACGUGACUUCCUCAGCAAACAGUCGCCGGCAAUGCAACAGUGGUGGAAGAUGAAGAUUGACAACUACGAUGCGAUUCUCUUCUUCAAGGUUGGUAAGUUCUAUGAGCUCUACCACAUGGACGCCGCCGUAGGAAUCAAGGAGCUCGGCCUCUUAGCCAUGAAGGGCGCAUACUGUCAUUCUGGCUUUCCGGAAAUUGGAUUCGGCCGCUACUCAGACCAGCUAGUGCAGAAAGGUUACAGGGUUGCGAGAGUGGAGCAAACGGAAACGCCGCAGAUGCUGGAGGAGCGGAAUAAGAAAACUAUUGGCAAGGGCGACAAAACAGUUCGCCGUGAGAUUUGUUCUAUUGUCACGCGCGGCACCAAGACCUACAACUUCAUGGAUGCCGACACGUCGUCCGAGUCUGCCAACGCGUACCUGCUGGCCAUUACGGAGAAGGCAUCUAGUGAGUGUGCUGGUGUUCCGCAGUAUGGCGUUUGCUUCAUCGACACCACUAUCGGUUGUUUUCACAUUGGGCAGUUCACGGACGAUCGUCAGUGUUCACGCCUACGUACUCUGGUUGCUCACUACCCUCCAGUUCAGGUGUUGUAUCCCCGGCACGCUCUCAGCCAGGCUACUCUGCACAUCCUGAGCAGCUGCCUGGCCAACGCCAUGACCGAUUGCAUUGCACCAGGAACGGAGUUUUGGUCGGCAACAAAGACUCUAAAAACCCUGUCAGAGAAGUCGUAUUUCCGCUCGUCGGCGGAUCAGUCGGCACCAGCCGCGGACGAAGAGGCUGGCGGAGAAGAGAGCAGUGGUCAGCAGAAGUCCUCAUCCAAGUGGCCAUCAGCAUUGCAGAAGCUUGUGUCAUCAACCGAUGCUCUGGGCUUGUCUGCCGACAGCAGCUCUGAGUUGGCUGUCAGCUCGCUUGGCGCACUCGUUUGGUACCUCACCAAGUGCGGUAUUGCAGGUGACAUGCUGUCCAUGCAGCAGAUGCAGGAGUAUAUACCCGAGGACUGCAUAGCGAAGGAGCGUCUGAAUGAGACCAUUGGCAGCACUAGCGGUAGUCAGUCCGGCAGCAGCCAGCCGUCAUUCCUGACCACCCAACGGCACAUGGUCCUCGACGGUGUCACGCUGCUCAAUCUGGAGGUGCUGCAGAACGCUACGGACGGUUCCGUGCAGGGCUCGCUGUACCAGCGAUUGGACCAUUGCGCAACACCAUUUGGUCGCCGGUUGCUGAAGCAAUGGCUAUGCUCCCCUCUCUGCCACCCAGAUGCCAUCAAUUCCAGGUUGGAUGCCGUGGAAGCCUUGAUGGACCUCCCAGCGGCUGUCACAGAUGCAAGGGACAUCUUGAGGCAGCUGCCCGACUUGCAGCGACUUCUCGGAAAAAUUCACCUCCUUGGAUCAGUGCAUAGGACGAGUGAUGACCAUCCCGACAGUCGAGCUAUCUUCUACGAGGAGACAACAUACGGCAAGCGCAAGAUCCAGGACUUCCUGACUACGCUAUCUGGCUUUGUACAGGCGGACCAAGCGGUGUGUAGUUUGGCCAAGCACCUUGAUGCUGACUGCAAAUCUGCUCUUCUCCGAAACACGGUCUGCCAAGGUGACAUUGGCAAGUAUCCUGCUUUGGACGAACUCAUCAACUUCUUUCAGAACGCAUUUGACCAUGAGAAAGCAAAGCGCGACGGAGUCAUUCUUCCCAGGCCUGGUGUAAACAAGGCCUACGAUGCUGCUUUGCGUGAUGUGAAGGCUGUUGAGGAUGCGCUGCAGACUUACCUUGAGCAGCAGCGCAAACGUCUCGGCUCCAGGAAUGUCAAUUACUGGGGCACGGGUAAGAAUCGCUUCCAGCUGGAAGUACCUGAUGCAGUGCUGUCUCGCUAUACACCCGACGAUUACAACCUAGCAUCUCAGAAGAAGGGAUUCCACCGCUAUCGCACUGAAAAAAUCGAAGCAUGGCUGGAGGAUCUCGUGAGAGCAGAGGAGCUGCGAGAUGAAGCACUGCGAGACACAAUGCGCAGUGUGUUUGCCAGCUUUGAUGAGCAUUUCUCAGUGUGGGACCGGGCUGUACAGUGCGUGGCUGUGUUGGACGUGCUGAUGAGUCUAGCACACUUCAGUCUUCACGGUGAUGGGCCUAUGUGCCGGCCUCGCGUGCAAUUCUCGUCGGAUGGCCACCCGUUCCUGAACGUCCGCGACGCCCGUCAUCCAUGCAUCGCGCAGACUUUCAGCGGCGACGAGUUCAUCUCGAACGACACCGUGAUUGGUGUUGUCGACGACGACGGCGAGGACGAUAGCAGUAACGGCUCAUGUGCAGUCUCUGCUAGCAAGCAGCACAGCUCGUGUCUGCUCGUUACCGGCCCGAAUAUGGGCGGCAAAUCGACGCUGAUGCGACAGACGGGAAUCAUCGUCAUCCUUGCACAGUUGGGUUGCUAUGUGCCUGCUGAGACUUGCCAUCUGUCCCCCGUCGAUCGCUUAUUCACACGUCUAGGUGCCAGCGAUCACAUCAUGGCCGGUGAGAGUACGUUCUUUGUGGAGCUGAGCGAGACAUCCACUAUACUCCAACACUCCACCAAGCAUUCUCUAGUGCUGCUGGAUGAAUUAGGCCGCGGCACAGCCACAUUUGAUGGAACUGCGAUAGCCUCGGCUGUGGUUCAUGAGCUGACCAAGAAUAUUGGCUGUCGCACGCUGUUCUCCACACAUUAUCACUCACUUGUGGACGAACUGGCUUCCAACCCUGCUGUCCGACUUGGUCACAUGGCAUGUAUGGUGGAGAAUGAAGAUGAAGAAGACACCAGUAAGGAAACAAUCACAUUCCUCUACAAGUUCAUCGCCGGCGCCUGCCCGAAAAGCUACGGUUUCAACGCAGCUCGCCUGGCUGGACUGUCUGACGAGAUAAUAGAUAUUGGACACCAGAAGGCGAAGGACUUUGCACGCGCUGCUGAGCGUGGUCGCUUAUUCCGGUCCCUAAUGCAAUCGCCAAUGGAUAACGUCCACUCGAGCAUCUCCGGCUAUCGCAAAGACCUGCAGCACUUCAACCAGCAGGCAAGUGUGAGUGUCAACUCGUAGGACACACUGUAGUAUCGUCUGCAACAUUAGCGCAUCCCAACCGGAUCACUUCCAUCCGUCAGGAUAGUUUCUCGAAGUCCAUCUCCGUGUGCUCUUUUUUACUCUUUUGAACUCUUUUUCAAAAACUGAAUUGUGUGUGCAUGGUGUAGGUAAUGUAAUUAGACCUUUCCCACACAUUUAGUACUCAUUCCAGUUUUACUUUCUUGCUAAUGUUCUGCACAUAGUAUGCGUCACUGGUGGUGACAAGCAACCGA